UCUACCUUCUUCUUCCUCAAGCAGAACCUUCCUCUCGUCUCCCACAAACCCUUCUUCCCCAAGCCCAAGCAAACCGCGCGCCACCAUGUUCCUCACCAGGACGGAGUACGACCGCGGCGUGAACACCUUCUCCCCGGAGGGGCGGCUGUUCCAGGUCGAGUACGCCAUAGAGGCGAUCAAGUUGGGCUCUACUGCUAUCGGGUUGAAGACCAAGGAUGGGGUUGUUCUUGCUGUGGAGAAACGUGUGACGUCUCCGUUGCUGGAACCUAGCAGUGUUGAGAAAAUUAUGGAAAUUGAUGAGCAUGUUGGUUGCGCCAUGAGUGGCCUUAUUGCUGAUGCGAGGACAUUGGUUGAGCAUGCUCGUGUGGAGACCCAAAACCAUAGAUUCUCAUAUGGGGAACCAAUGACAGUUGAGUCCACCACACAAGCUAUUUGUGAUCUAGCUCUUCGCUUUGGAGAAGGUGAAGAAGAGUCAAUGUCACGACCUUUUGGAGUUUCUCUCCUUAUUGCUGGUCAUGAUGAAAAUGGUCCCAGUUUGUACUACACCGACCCAUCUGGAACCUUUUGGCAGUGCAAUGCCAAGGCAAUUGGAUCGGGCUCUGAAGGUGCUGAUAGCUCUUUACAGGAGCAGUUUAACAAGGAGCUGACCCUUGAGGAGGCUGAAAGUAUUGCUCUAUCUAUCCUGAAGCAGGUUAUGGAAGAAAAGGUAACUCCAAACAAUGUUGAUAUCGCCAAGGUCGCACCGAACUACCACCUCUACACCCCUGCCGAGGUCGAAGCAGUCAUAGCACGGCUGUGAAAACAGAUAAAUCUUUAUCUAUGUCAACUCGGAUUCAUAUACUCCUGCAGUCCUGCUGAUGUGUGUUUGGCAUCAUUUUAAUUAGCAUAAGCACGAUUGCUCUUUUGUCUUGACACUGAUGUCUACCUCUUAUCGUUCAAUUUAAAUCUGCUAUCGUCAAGAAGUUAUAGAGGCUUA